UUCAAAAAAAUUCAAAACAAACCUGAGAUUGUUGUUUUAACAUGCAAGUGUUUACUCUGAGCUAGCUGGCUGUUGCAGACGCAACCCAAUUCCUCAAUUGACAAACGUUUAUUAAUAAAAAUGGACGCCGAUGAAAAGCACGACUCUACUGCAAAUGAUAAGUCGGUGGAGGUUCCUAAACCGCCUUCAAUCGAGGAUUUCACCGUUUUGAAGCCCAUCAGCCGCGGUGCUUUUGGCAAAGUCUACCUUGCACGGAAGAAGUGCAAUACGCGAUUAUAUGCCAUUAAGAUGAUGAAGAAAGCAGACAUGGUGGACAAAAAUAUGACGGGCCAGAUGAAGGCAGAGAGAGAUGCACUUGCUUUGAGUAAAAGCCCCUUCGUGGUUCACCUGUUCUACUCCCUUCAGACAGCCACCAAGAUCUACCUGGUGAUGGAAUACCUCAUUGGUGGAGAUGUCAAAUCUCUGCUUCACAUCUAUGGAUACUUCGACCAGGAUAUGUCUGUGAAAUACCUUUCAGAGGUUGCAUUGGCUUUGGACUACCUCCACCGUCAUGGUAUAAUCCACAGGGACUUGAAGCCAGACAACAUGCUUAUAUGCAACAAAGGUCACAUCAAACUGACCGACUUCGGCCUCUCUAAAGUCAAGCUUGACCACGAGCUGAGUCUCAUGGAUAUCCUUACUACUCCAUCUUUGGCCCAACCAAGACAAGAUUACUUCCGCACCCCGGGUCAAGUCCUCUCCUUAAUCAGCGCCAUUGGAUUUAAUACACCUGCAGGAGAAAGCAAGCGUCACUGCAGCGCAUCCGCUGUGUCCAGUCCCAUGUCCUGUGGCAAAAUCAAACACAGGAAUAGCUCUCUUGGUUCUCCCUUGAUGAGGAAAAAAGAUCAGCAUUACUCUCCGGUUCCUUGGAAAACGGGACCCAACAAUAUGAUGUUCAGCCCUCACAACCUGGCUAAAAACCUGACUCCCUCGCUGCUGAAGACCAGGAAGAGGUUUGAGACGAUAAGUGCAGGCAGCACCACCGACACUGAAGGUGGCAUCAGUCCACUGUGGGAGUGUGAGGAGAAAGAAAAUGAACAUGCUAAUGAACAGAAGGGGAGAAGUUAUUCUGAGUCCAAAGGGCCUAAACAGGCGUACAUGGCCUUAAAGCUGGCCACCAGCGCUCUCUCGGAUCCAGACCAUCUCGCAGAAAAGACGCCUCGUGCAAACCAACAGGAGUCUGUUUCCACAGCUCCGGAGGAAAUGUGUCCGUCUGCAAAGAGAAGAUUUUCCGACGUGGAGAGAAGCCCCGAGCUUUGUGAGAUCCGAGCCAAGAAGAGUAAUGCCGCUUAUGAGAGAUGCUGCGAGAUUCCAGAGGAGGCGGCGAGGUUUAACACCGGCCUCACUGGAACAUUUUGCACCAUCCAGAUAGAUGACUUCAUGGCCAAGGGGAUCGGGUUAGCUGGAGACCGGAUCCCGAAGCGCUCCAGCCCCAUUGUUGUGGCCAAAAGCCUGUUCGCUGAGCUGGAGGAGCCGACAGAGGAGGUGUUUGAAGACGGAGCCGAAGAUCAGUCUCAUUCGAGUUCCACGUCGCCGCUUGAUGAGAACAGCGACAUUUGCAGGAGCCUGAGCCUCGACUCUGACGGGUCCAUGCACGAAACGUCGCUCAUUAUCGACAGCCGGGCAUCUGUCAAGCCAAGCAAGUGUUCCAAAAACAGGAACGCGGAGCAAGAGGGGAAUACAGACAUGUCCAUCACUGAAUCACUCCCACAAACUCCGUCUGCUGUCACCACCGGAACACCCAAACUCGGUAACGUUGGCUGGAUCAGAUCUCAGUGCUCCUUUCUCAACCGGCUCCCCGAUCAGGUCGCACAGUCGCCGUCGUUCCUCAAGCCGCGGAAUAUCGUAGCUUUCCGCAGCUACUGCAGCUCCAUUGACCGCUCCAACCUGUCGGGGGCGUCCCGGUUUAGCGUCGGUUCUGUCGAGACCAUGGACGUCUCCACCGCAGCUUCUCACCACUCUGCGUCUGGCAUUGCUACACCAGUGCAGAAGAGACCGAGCUCCAACAGCUCGCUCUAUCAGACUCCUCAGCCCAUGUCGUCCUCUCACACCCCGUUCAGGACCCCAAAGAGCGUCAGACGGGGUGCGCUGCCUGUCGUGGGUGCACACAUUUUAGGAACUCCCGACUAUUUGGCUCCGGAGCUUCUGUUGGGAAAACCGCACGGAAGUUGUCGGUGUGACUGCAUGGUGGAUUGGUGGGCGCUUGGUGUGUGUCUUUUCGAGUUCCUCACAGGCGUGCCACCUUUCAACGAUGAGACUCCUCAGCUGGUCUUCCAGAAUAUUCUCAACAGAGAUAUCCCCUGGCCUGAGGAAGAGGAGGAACUGUCUGUGAACUCAAGAAAUGCGAUUGAAAUUCUCCUGACCAUGGACAUGACGAAACGAGCUGGUCUGAAGGAACUCAAGCGUCACCCCCUGUUCGAGGGCUUGGACUGGGACAACCUGCAGAACCAGCCGAUGCCUUUCAUCCCUCAGCCAGAGGACGAGACCGACACCUCGUACUUCGAUGCGAGAAACAACGCUCAGCACAUCGCCGUGUCCGGCUUCAGUCUGUAGAGUUGCACACUUUGUUUUUAACAGCUGAGAGUUUUAUGAAAGCAGCGGUCGACGUGUGAAAUUCAGAUUUUGGAUCCAUUAUACAAAUAAAUACGCACUAAUGAUGUUGAUUAUGAUUUCUGUUCAAGCUUGUAAUAUUGUUUUUAAAAACAUUUUACUUAUGUGCAAUCACCGGUCAUAAAACUGAAUCUGUCGACUGCUCACUUAGUGACGAGUAUGCAUUGCAAAAACUUCUUUUAAAACUUAGUAUACUUAUAUUACAGUUAUGUCUCUUAAAUUAGGUUCUUAUUCCAGCAGAAUAGUAUUUGCUCCUUUAGCUUUGAUUUCUGUUGCAGUAUUGAUUAAAUGACUUUAUCUGUACGUUCAUGUGGCGCUGCUCCGCGGUGUUGAGCCUCAGAUCCGCUCCAUGUUUUGCUGCACUGUUCAUCAUUGUAAUGUUCCCCUGCUGAUAGCAGACUGGGUGGGCGGGCCCCCUGAAUCCCUCUUUAAGGGUACAAUACUGCUGAAUAACAUGGUAAUAUAUUCAUGACUAAUCUAUUUUAUAUGUAAAUCUUGUUAAUAACUUUGUGUCAUUGUUUUAAGUCCGGAGUAGAGUACUUUGUGUUGUAAUAAGUUCUUUUUGCUGCUUUUGUCACUUGUGUUUGUAAUUUUGUCUGUUUUUCACACUACAAGUUCUUUUAGAUAAGUUCACAGCUGCUUGUGACAUUUUAUCUUGUUCAUUCUAAGAAAAAAAUACAAAUAAAAUCUUGUUUGUAA